AUCUGAGAAGAGCUCUCUGGUUUGGUUCACUGUAUGGCCAUGCAAACCUUUGGGUUGGUGCUUCGGCAGGAACCAGAGCAGGGGUGGGCAUAAGCAAGCCGGGGAGAGUGGGACUGCGGUUUUCACCAGCAGUCUUAGUUCAUACCUGCCUUAACUGCGUAUUUGUCUAGUGAACUCAGAUUCAGCUUUGAAGCUUUAUAUUAGAAACAUCUGGAGGCUGCAACAAGUGCAGUCUGUUGCGCUGGGUGCUGCUUUUGCACAGACACUUAUAAAGGUUGUAUGGUGGAAAAAAGCAGGCAACUGGGAGCACGUAGAUGGAAGGACGUUUCUUUUGUGACAGUAAAUCUCUUUGCACAGUCUGCCUGGGGCUAUUGCAAAGUGGCCAAGAGCAAAUCUAAAUACAUUCUGGUGAGGAUGAAAAGUGCAGCUGAAACAGGCUACUGUUUCAACAUCAGGAGACUCCGACUGCAAGAAAAACUGGUCCUGCUGAGAUACGAUCCCAUCGCAAAACAGCGUGUCCUCUUCACGGAGAAGAGAAAAAUCCGCUCUAUCUGAACAAUGACUGGACUUGAUUUAUGCAUGAGGAGAGGAUGGUUUGGGGGGAGGACGGGGUGAACGCUGAUUCAGAAAUCAAGCAACAUGGGCCGAAAAGAGAGGAAAUGAACUGGGAUCACCGUCUCCUGUGAUUUGAAGGCCAUUGUGAAUAAAACAAUGUAGAGAGAGAAAAUUCUUAAUGUCUGGACAUAGAUCAUCACAGUAACAUUUAUUUAUCUUUUGAGUUAUUUUUACAGUACUCAAUUAAAAAAAAUUAAAUAGCAAA